CUAAGCUUGCGACGUCGUUUCCGCCCUGGGACUGUAAAUUCUGGCUCUUUUUACUCUGUUCUUUCCUGUCGUUGAGUUUCGCUGUUUCUCUGGGACCAUUCAUUCGCAGCUAUGGGUGUGCUUGGGUUCUAAGCGCAGUCAGAGCAACCCAAAAAUAUUGGUCUUUCGUCUUAUGGGUUGCUCUCUCUCUCUAUCAUGGAGCUCAUAACCCUAAUCAUCAGGGCCUUCAAGCUACUCUGUAUGCUCUUCCACCGGGGAUUAUCACACCCAGCCAAAACAUUCUACUGUUUUGUGGUUCUGUUAUGUUCCUUCUAUUGCUUUGCUGAUUAUGGACCAUACUGUGCGAAUUGGAUACAAAAUCAGCCAGAAUGUGAUGCUUGUGUGUCAUUUGGGGAAGGUUACAAGUUGGAUUUUUCAGAUAGCUUCGAUAGUGACACUAAUGUGGGCUAUGGGGUUCCAACUGCCCACAAUAGUAUUGAAAGCAUGUGCCGAAAUACUCAUACAUUCUGCUUUCCUUCGACAAUAUCUGGAUAUUCAGACCAACAGAGAAGUCUGAAAGAAGCUUCUUUAGAAGAUUCUAGUAGUAAGUACAAUGGUCCAUUUGGCGUAGAACUAACUCAAGAUAGCCACCAGGCAAGUAACAGAAGUUGGUCAUCUGACUAUGGUAUGUUUGAGCUACUUAACGGGGGAGUCGUUUCUUGCUCUUUGAACUCAAGAGAAGGAAUUAAUGAUGCUCCAUUAUUUGAAACUGAGGGUGGUCAUAAAGAUGAUCUUUCUUCCUGUGGAGGAGCUUUAUUUUGGCAGAAGGCAAUACCUUCCUCGCCAAAGAACUCCAAGAUGGUUGAAUCCAGUUUCUUCUCACCCAAUGUAAGAAUUGGCCCUACUGUGCUGGACUGGGGACAAAAGUACAUGUAUUCUGCUUCAGUGGCUUUCAUAACUGUGGAAAAUACAUGCACUGACAGUGUAUUACACCUUUAUGAGCCCUUCAGUACUGACACACAGUUUUAUCCUUGUAACUUCAGUGAAAUUUCACUAGUUCCGGGUGAAUCAGCUGUUAUUUCUUUUGUUUUCUUCCCUAGAUGCCUGGGCCUGUCUUCAGCUCACUUGAUUUUGCAAACAAGUUAUGGCGGAUUCUUUGUGGAGGCUAAAGGGUAUGCGACUGAAUCUCCCUAUGGUAUUCAGCCCCUGCUAGGUCUGGAAAUUUCCCCCGGUGGAAUGUUGAGCAAGAAUUUUUCGUUGUUCAACUCCUUUGAUGAAACCAUAUAUGUUGAUGAAAUAACUGCUUGGAUUUCAGUUUCAUUGGGGCAUAAUUCUGUUGAAACCGAAGCAAUUUGUAGUAUAAAUAAUAUUCAUGCUUUUGAUAACCUACUCUUCCCGAUUAUUAAGGAUCGAUUGGUUGUGAAGAGUGGCCAAAUUGAUUCACCUGUCGUAGCAAUUAGGCCCCAUCGAAACUGGGAGGUUAGUCCACAUAGCUCUGAAACUCUCCUAGAGAUAGAUAUUUCUGUGGGAACGGAGGGAAAAGUAUUUGGUGCAUUUUGCCUGCAUUUACUCAGAUCUUCACAAGAACAGUCUGAUACUAUCAUGGUUCCUAUUGAGGCUGCAGUAGUUAGCAAUUCUGCCCGUGACACUGUUGGUAUACAUAUUUCAGCAAGUCUCGAGGCUCUAACUCCAUGUGAUGGUGGUGAAACUGUUAUCAUUAUCUCCAUAAGAAAUGAUGCCCCUUAUCUUUCAAGCUUUGUUAAAAUUGUAGAAGUUGCUGACUCUCAGAUUUUUCACAUCAAAUAUGUGGAAGGCUUGCUACUUUUCCCCAGCACAGUUACACAAGUUGCAAUUAUUUAUUGUAGUCAGCUGCGCACCAAAUUACUUGACUUGUCACCUGGAGAGUCUAACUUGCGAGAUAACUGCAAGCUUCUCAUUCUUACAAAUGACUCAACUAGUACCCAAAUUGAAAUUCAGUGUGAGAACAUACUACAUAUAUGUUUUGGUGAUCGCUGGCUUUCAUCUAUUGGAUUAGAGCAUGAGACUAAGUACAUCGAAUUGGGAGAUCUAGGGGCAGGUUAUGUGGCCAGAAGCAUGGAAGUGCCACCACAUGUUAAGGAUAUAGGGACAGCAGAUGUUGAUGAAUUAGUUCUUGGAAACUGGAUGUCUCAAGGGAAAACAAGUGGCAUGUCUGUGCUUGAAAACCUUGAUGUGUUAUUCCCAGUGAUUCAAGUUGGAAGUUUUGUCCCCCAGUGGAUCACUGUAAAAAACCCUAGUGAGCAUCCAGUUGUAAUGCAGCUUAUCUUGAAUGCUGGAGAAAUAAUUGAUGAAUGCAGGGGUCCAGAUGGAUUAGUAAGCCCAUCUUCGUCUGGUAAUUUGGUUUUAGAUGAGUCCACAACUCCAACAAAGUAUGGAUUCUCAGUACCUGAGGCUGCAGUAACAAAGGCUUUUGUACACCCUUAUGGUCGUGUAUCUUUAGGGCCAAUAAUUUUUUACCCAUCAGAUAGAUGUGGGUGGAGUGGUUCAGCAUUGAUAAGGAACAACCUUUCAGGCGUUGAGUGGUUAUCUCUAAGGGAUUUGGAGGGUCAGUUUCCCUAG